UAACUAAAUUUAAUAACCAAUCCACGUUCUUUAUCUUCUUCUCCCCCAAAUAAAUAAUAUCACUUUUUAGUCUUUACGUUUUGCUAAUUUCUCUCACGGUCCAUUACAAUGGCUACAAUCAUCUCCUGCUCCGCUCUCCCUUCGAUCCGUGCAUCUUCCGGAUCCAUCAGAAAACCCGAUCCGACCGUAAAGAAACCCGGUUCAUGGUGGGCUCCUCUUUUCGGCUGGUCAUCGGAACCUGAUUACGUCGUGGAUAACAGCAACAGCUCCAGCUCCUCAGCGAAUCGGGAAUCAGAUCUGGAUCAGAGGACUACGCGGAGGUGUCUCACGGAGGAGAAGGCUAAGCAACUGCGAAUGAAAAUCGCACAAGUCUCCACGUUCCACGAAGUCAUGUAUCAUUCCGCCAUCGCGUCACGACUCGCGUCUGACGUGUCCGUUCGGAUCAACGAAUAACCCGGAUCGGGUCACGGGUUCUCUAAUCGUUAUACAUACAUAAAUAAUAAUAGUCCAUCCAACUAAAAUGUUGUUUUUCGAUCGAUGAUACUCAAAAACCGUUGGAUUGUGUAUCGUCGUUUGUGUUUGUACGGUCUAGAUCGUGUUUGAUGUUGUUUCUUGUCAACCGUUGGAUUCUCAAUUAGUUUAGCUUUAUUUUAACAAUUAUACAUUGCUAAUAUAUGUUGACAGAAAAAAAUCAUAUAUAUAAUGAGACAUUUUUUUCUUUU